GGCCAAACCUUAUUGUGGGUAGCUUCUCACAGGUAUCGUCAAGCCUACACGGAGUUAAAUGAUUGCAAACCAGAGAACAGGAAUGCCUUUAGUCUUGAUUCUAAAGCAAAGGUGGGUGGGUGGCUUUACUGGACAAAUCGGUUAAUUAUAUCAGCAGCGAUUCGUCACAGAAAAACGGCAAGCUGUUAAGGACUCUUUUCUUCAGCUCUCGAUAAGAUUUGACACAUCAGCGAUUUUCUCUCAUGCAUGAGUAUUUUGAUGGAAGAUUACAAAUAAUUUCUUAUUCGACUACUAAAACAGGCCAGUCAAACGAAGAAAGAGUAUAACGCUUCCCAUUUAUAUACGAGACAAAUUUAAGUUUGGUAAAACACCAGGAACCUAGCAAAAACGUUACCGGUUUACCUUUAUGAAAAGAGGAAAGGGAGAAAGGCGACCAAAUUGAAGGAUUAAGGUGUCAAUCUCAAGAACGAGAGUGAAGAAUGGCAGCCAGUUUGUCAGCAGAGGAAGAACAGGCUACCAAACAGUUUCUGGAGGAAAUCACCAAGUGGACCACUCAGCAUGGAGUGUCCCAGCUGUCCUGGGAAGUGGCCGUCAAGUUCCUCAUGGCGCGCAAGUUCGACGUGCUGCUAGCCAUUGAGCUCUUCCACAGCUACAGAGAGACGCGUCUGAAAGAAGGCAUCGUUAAACUACAGCCUCAGGAGGAACCUCUGCAUUCGGAGCUGCUCAGUGGGAAGUUCACUGUGCUGAGUGUGCGAGACCCAUCAGGCGCCUCCAUAGCCUUGUACACAGCCAAGCUCCACCACCCCAACAAGACAGGCAACCAUGUUGUCCUGCAGGCUCUCUUCUACCUCUUGGACCGGGCUGUGGAGAGGUCUGCUAAACUAACCCUGAUUCAAAUGACCAUCAUACCCAUGAUAGAUUACGGAGACAUAAUUUAUAGAUCGGCGGGAUUCUAUACUUUUGACAUGUGGUCCAGUUUUAAUAUAUAUAUAUAUAUUUUUAAACGGAGCAAGGACUUAAGAUCAGAUGUUAUCACUUUACUUUUUCAAGUUGAAGCCCUCACACUCGCCUACCUCCUUCUCCUCUCCCAGGUCCAGAUGGUCAAAAUGUCCGACCUCCGCCUGCACCUCCCCCGGGAUUGUCUCCCAGAGCACCUGGGGGGGCUGCUGCCCCUGGAUGCCCACGGCUGGAACGAGCAGCUCCUGGCUGGGCAGAACGGUCGUGUGGACCCCGUUGACGAGCUGGUAGGCAUCCCACUGGCGGACUCGUCGGUCCACACCCCCGGGCUGGAGGCCAUGUGCCUGCAGGAGUUCAUGGCCCACCUGGGCAGGCUCCAGCGCUCUGGCAUCCACCUGGAGUACGUGGAAAUCCGCAAGGAGCAACCGCCAGGGACCUUCCACUGUGCCCUUACUGCAUACAACCAGGAGAGGAAUCGCUAUGGGGAUGUCCUGUGUCUUGACCAAACAAGAGUUCGUCUGAAAACUCGACAAAACGAGAGAUCGGACUACAUCAACGCCAGCUUCAUGGAUGGCUACAAACAGAAGAAUGCGUACAUCGGUACUCAAGGACCACUGGAGAAAACUUAUGGUGAUUUUUGGAGAAUGGUCUGGGAGCAAAAUGUGCUAGUCAUUGUCAUGACAACAAGGACGAACGAGGGCGGUCGGAAGAAAUGUGGUCAGUACUGGCCUCUGGAGGAAGGUGGACAGGAGGUGUACAGUCACAUGGCUGUGGUCAACCAGAGAGUGGACAACCACUCCCACUACAGCCAGACCACCCUGGAGCUGUACAACAUGGAGAAUUGUGAGCAAAAGCAGGUGACCCACUUCCAAUACCUGAGCUGGCCUGACUAUGGCGUCCCCACUUCGGCCUUGACACUCAUCGACUUCCUGGGGGCCGUCAAGAGGCAGCAGAGACAGGCGGUGAAGGGCAUGGGGCCCCGGUGGAGAGGCCACCCCCUGGGACCCCCCAUGGUGGUUCACUGCAGUGCGGGCAUAGGCAGAACAGGUACCUUCUGUGCCCUGGACAUUUGUCUGUCCCAGUUGCAGGACAUGGGGACACUCAAUGUGUGUCAGACGGUGCGGUGGAUGAGAACGCAAAGGGCCUUCACGAUCCAGACCCCCGACCAGUACUACUUCUGCCACAACGCCAUCCUGGAGCAUGCUCAAAGACAGGGCCUGCUCUCAGCCAGUCAGUGAUGCCAAGGGGGUCACCUUGUAGUUCUCGCAGCCAAUCAGUGAUGCCCUGGGUGUUGUUCUCGCAGGCAAUCUGUAAAUCCAGGGGACACUUUGUAGCCAAUCAGCAUGUCUGCUUCUAGGGAUUGCCAUCACUUAUUCUACCAUUUAAGAGGCCUCUAAGACAGACUCAUUCCUCCUGACUCUCUCACAUUUUAACGACUAGUAAAAUUGAUUUGUAGUAUCUCAAGAAGUCACGGUUCAAGUUGUUGUUUUCUAUGAAUGGACCACCAUUUAUUUGUUUUGGUAGUUUGGGCAAUGUAAAAUCCCAUGUCCUACCAAAUAGAAAUUGUUUAGCUACAUUCAAGUCUACUUUCCUAUAUUAUUAGUUCUGUGUCCUCACUGAAAUCUGUAUUUUUAUUUUGUCAAUAAUAUCCACAUAGGGACGGUGAGCCAAUUUUGCAAAACUCAAGAGGAACAUUUCCUCUUGACUUAAAUUUCUCCUGGAGCUGAUUAAAUGGCACGGAUGGCUACUUGUAGAAGUUGUCCUGAUAUGUAUGCGGACUUCUCAUCUUGCCCUACCCCCAAUCCAAGCCUCAACCACGAUAAAAUGCAUAGAUUACCUUAAGUUCAACUUAAAGUAAUGCUACACCUUAAACAAAUUGCGAGCUGCUGAUAAUGUUGCCAUAUCAAUGCAAUCAUUUCCUGCAGAUUGAAGAAUUAAGGGCUGCCCUCACAACAGACUUCAUUAAGUUAUUCACAUUGGCUGUUCAAAUUUGUUGUGAAAACCUUGUGAUCAUGACAUUAAAUGUUUGGUCGCCGCAAUAGUCGAUACGUAUGCUUCAGUGUGACACUGUCAUGUACUUCUGUUGAGCCGCCAAUGCUGCGAUGAACAUGAUAACCAUGCUUCCGCCUUAAGACCCCAGUAAUGUGCAAUAUACUUUUAAACACAGCCAUGUUGAAGCACUUUGAAAUGGCUCUUCCCAUCGUGCUUUAGGAUAUUGCAGUUCUUGUGGUGGUAUAGUGCAUUUAAGGUCAAAUUGCAAUUAUGGGAGGUACUAAACAUGUGAUAUAGGCAUAACUUGAUUGUUACUGUUGAUUGGACCUUUGACCUUCAGGCUUGUCUGGUAGUUCAAUGGACACUUAUAGAGGACUACAUGUAGAAUAUUACCGUUCCCAUUGCUGAACAGUGCGUGUGCAUCAUAUUACAUGAUAUCUUGUUGGAUGAAAAAAUGUGUUCUUUGCUACUGAAUUCAUAUUGAAUUUGCUUGUAGUGCAGCCUCGUUUAAGUCUGCCAUCCUCGUACACUCUUACUGAUUUUAGAAUGAUUACUUUCAAUGAAGGACAGUGUGACCAAUUGUAUUUUUCUAUUUUCUAUUGUUUCUACAACUUUUUCUUACAGGUAUUCAGACUUUAAAAGUAGACAUUAUAUUUGCUCUGUUACUAUUAGGUAGUAUGAUUGAGGACAAUUGAAUCAGAUGUUGCUGUAUGAAAAAACAUUUGUCUACACAUGUACAUUUCAAAUGCUUCUUAUGCCAAUUAUGUUUUCCAACCAAAGGAGAUUGGGAUAUGUUCAAUAACAUUUCAAAGGAAGACCAAACGUGUAUUCAGCACAUUAAAUGCUAAAUGUUCAUUCCUAAUGGAUUGUGUGUGCUCUUG